UGGAAGGAAGUGACGUUAAUUUGAUGUGUCUGCCCGCUGAUUGGUGGAGAGUAACCUGCCGUUUGCGACGGUGAUGGCGGAACCUGCGUUGGCGGCGGGGACCGGGGAUCAGGGGACUGAUGUGAAAACGGAGAACAAUUCUCUGUCACCAGGAGUUGCCGACCAUGAAAAGGAGCUUGCAAACAAUGCUUAUCAAGCUUACGUAUCAGGGCAGUUUGACACUUGCCUCCAGUACCUGGGUCAUCUGCAAGAACUAAACAAAGAUGAUUACAAAAUAUCCCUGAAUAAAGCAGUGGUGGAGUUCUAUAAAAAUGGGCAGACUUUGACUGACACCUUGAGGCAGACACUCAACUUGCUGAAAAAUCAGGUCCAUUCCACAGUGGAAGAAAUGGAUGGAUUGGACGACGUUGAGAACAGUAUGCUGUAUUACAAUCAAGCAAUCAUUCUUUACCACCUGCGGCAGUACACUGAAGCUAUAUCCAUCGGGGAGAAACUUUACCAAUUCAUUGAGCCCUUUGAAGAGAAAUUUGCCCAGGCGCUGUGUUUCUUGCUCGUUGACCUUUAUCUAUUGACGUAUCAGCCUGAGAAAGCGUUGCUGCUGCUUGCAGUCCUGGAGAAAAUGAUCUCACAAGGAAACAACAAAAAUGGCAAGUCCAGUGAGGCUUGCAAAGAUGCCACCAAUCAGAAGGUUGAUGCCGGAGUUAUGGUGGAGGCUGCAAAGUCUAAAAUUCAUCAGUGUAAAGUAAGAGCUUAUGUCCAGAUGAAAUCUUUAAAGGCCUGUAAACGAGAAAUCAAAUCUGUUAUGAAUACAGCUGGAAAUUCGGCUCCAUCACUGUUUCUGAAGAGCAAUUUUGAGUAUUUAAGGGGAAAUUAUCGAAAAGCAGUGAAACUAUUGAACAGUGCAAACAUUACAGAUCAUCCUGGGUUUCUCAGCACAGGUGAAUGCGUUCGGUGCAUGUUCUGGAAUAAUCUUGGAUGUAUCCAUUUUGCUAUGGGAAAACACAAUCUAGGAAUUUUCUACUUUAAAAAGGCAUUACAGGAGAAUGACGUUGCUUGUGUACAGCUGAUGGGGACGGGGACGAGCACAGAUCACGGGAAGAAGUUUUCGGGCAGACCAAUGAGUUCUCUGCUGACAAACAAACGUUAUGAGCUAUUACACAACUGCGGAAUCCAGCUGUUGCACAUAGGCAGACCCUUGGCAGCUUUUGAGUGCCUGAUGGAGGCAGUUCAGGUGUACCAUUCCAACCCACGUCUUUGGUUAAGGCUGGCAGAGUGUUGCAUUGCUGCCAACAAGGGGACAUCAGAACAAGAGACCAGAGGGCUGCCAAGUAAAAAAGGGAUUGUACAAUCGAUUCUAGGUCAAGGCUAUCAUCAAAAAAUAGUAUUGGCAUCACAGUCCAUGCAGAACACUGUGUAUAAUGAUGGACAGUCUUCAGCCAUUCCCGUAGCCAGCAUGGAGUUUGCAGCCAUUUGUCUAAGAAAUGCUUUGCUUCUGCUCCCUGAAGAUCAGCAAGAAAUGAAGAAAGAUAAUGGUUUAAGAAAUUUCAAUCAGUCAGGCAGUGGUGAAACCAAUAAUGAAAACAGCGAGACAUGCAGUGGCAAGCCUCAUGAAGGGGAGAAAUACUUGGUUCCAGGCCCACCAUCGUCUCCAUUAAGGAAGCAGGAAUUAGACAACUUGAGGUGCUCCAUUCUGGCUGGUAGUGCAUAUGUUGCCCUUGCACUUGGUGACAACCUAAUGGCCUUAAAUCAUGCGGAGAAUCUUCUGCAGCAGCCCAAAUUGUCUGGAUCUCUAAAGUUUCUGGGUCACUUGUACGCAGCAGAAUCCCUCAUCUCCCUGGACAGAAUCUCUGAUGCCAUCACUCAUUUGAAUCCUGAAAAUGUUACUGAUGUGUUCUUGGGAGUCUCUUCAAGUGAACAGGAUCAAGGUUCUGACCGAGGAGAAAAUGAACAGAUGGAAAGCUCUGGGAAACAGAUACUGCAAUGUUACCCUAAUUCCGUUACAUCAGCUCGUGCAAUGAUGCUCUUUAACCUUGGCAGCGCAUAUUGUCUACGCAGUGAAUAUGAUAAGGCACGCAAGUGUCUUCACCAGGCUGCCUCGAUGGUUAGUCCUAAAGAGAUUCCACCAGAAGGCAUCUUACUGGCUGUUUAUCUCGAACUGCAGAAUGGUAACACACAGUUGGCACUACAGAUCAUCAAAAGGAAUCAGCUGUUGCCCUCUGUGAAAGCCCUGUCUUCUGAUGUGAAAAAGAAGCCGGUGUUUCAGUCCAUCCAGACCGUGCAGCCGCCACCGUUCAGCACUGUCCAGCGGAAGUGAGACCACAGCACCAGCAUCCACUUGCUGCCUUCAAGACUGUUCCCCUGCUGGGGAAGAGGCACGGGAUGGAGGGAAGAAACCCUCGAAGCACUGUAGCUCUCAGCCAUCCAACUGCGGAGAAUAGGUAAUCUUUGACAGUCCAGUGCUAGGGAUACAAACACCAGUCAGGUUAGGGUUGAUCGAACUUGGACUCGAAUGCUCACUGAAGGUAACACAUGCACAGAUUCGGUGUAUUCCUGGAAUUCGGGGUUUAUUAAGUUUUUAAACACUGUUUUAUGUAAUGGUUUGUAACUGCAGUAUUUAUAGCUGAUCAGAUUUGUUUCUUGUUAUAUUUGCAGCAAUUAAAGUGAUCCAAUGAAAACCCUGUAUACUAAAGAACACUUUCAUAUUGCCUUUUAGUUGUCCAUCCCCACAUGGUGUGUAUGUUAUAAAAUUCUUUUCAUAUGUCAUCCUUUAAUUGAACUGUCAUAGGAUUGCUGGUUGAGCUAGGGUCUGGAAGUAUAGUCAACAGAAUUAAAAUGAGGGAACUAUUCUUCCCACUGAGGAGAAUUUUAUAAAUCCUCUUGGUUCAACUUUUUCAGGAACACAAUUUCUUUAAGUGUCACAGAUAUUUUAAUGAGAGUUUCACUAACUAGUUGAAGUCCUGUCUUAAUCAAACUGAUGACAUUUUGUAUAUAGUGUUUUACCAGGCCUGCAUUUUCUUGCUGCUUUUCAGCAGUAACUUUUUACUUUUUCUUUCUGAAGAUAUUCAUACCGUGUAAAGAAAGAUCUAGAGAAUGAAACUUUAAAAAAAAAUAACUUGAAGUAUACCAUAUUAAAAAUAAAUAGAGUAUUAUAGUGGAUUUUUACUCCAGAAAGCUUUUGUAAAAGGAACCAAAGUGUGCUCUCUCUACACCUAUUUUACCAACCUCCAGCCUGGCUUUCAAAGGAUACUGAGAGAGCAGAGACAAGAGGGAGUGAGGUGUAGAAAAUGUAGAGCUACAGGAAAAGAGCUAGGGUAAGGGGCUGACUUGAUUGCACCUGCAGGGAGCUGGCGCAGACUCGAUGGGCCAAGUGUUUGAAAACAUCAUGGAGGGAGGACAUUUAGUUUGAUUUUUUUUCCCAAAGGGCUCCUUGGCUACAAUAUUUCUCCUGCAGGUAAUUCUCUGCUGAGUUUAGCUGUUUGAGUUCAGUUACACAGCAGUGUCUCAGAACCUGCCAAGAGCAGUAUCCCAAUUCAUGUAACAGUGCUCAUUGAUACCAGAGAACAAGCUGCGGUCAAGUGCUGUUGUGGCUUGGGUACCCUACCCACAGUCAGAAGCCCACUGUCUGCAUUAGACCAAGAGGGUUACGUUCCAAUGUACCACAAAAUAUGUUUGGUCAAACACGGGUACUCCUAAACAUCGCAAAUGAAAUGAUAUUUUGGAAACAUAGUUGACUCUAUGAUUGUGAAUAAAGAACAGAAGUAAAUUCUGUAUUGUACUCAUCACUGUGAUUACUUUGGUUGUGAACUGCUAUUGCUUGCUUUCUGAUUAUGCCACUUGGGGUAUUGGAUGUUCACAAGCAUGUUUUCUGAUUACCUCUCUUUCGAGCCAUUAAGAUGCAGUGUUUGUAGGAACAUCAGGAUUGGGAGGAACCAUUUCAACACUUGCCCCAGUUCAGUUUGAUCUGUAUCUCAACUUCCUCUACCCACCACAGCUUCCCCUUGAUAUACUUGAUGGGUGAUGAAUAGAUUUUUGUUGAUCAAUCUUUUGUACUUGUGAAUACAUGACAUGUUUGUUUGCAUGAUUUAAAACAGAACCUCUCAUUUUGGGAGUGAUAUCCAAAAUCAGUAUCUUCUGCCUGAGGUAUGUUGACCAGAUCAGCCAUUCCAACCAUGCACAUGGUCUGAUGCCGGUAGUUUGUCCGUCUGAGCAAUGUGCUGUACACUUCAGGAUUGUGCAGAAACUGGCAGUAGGAGCAGCAAUCUGAUCUUGACUAUCCUGUUUCCCUUCUACUACAACCCCACCCCCCUAACAACCUCAUG